AAAGUGUGUGGGUGUUUUCUUUUUUCUUCUUUUUUUGCACGGGAAGACGCAUGAAUCCUCCAGCAUGUUAAGAGUUGCAGUGUGCAGGACGUUUUGCAGCGUCUCUAAACCUUUCCUGAGAAUGACCAUCCAGAACGGGACUGCGAUAUCUGCCAGAGAGUGCUCUCAGGCAGGAAAUAAAAGAAACACGCUGAGGUGGAACUUGUCUCCGGAUGAGAUCAGGACCAAGACGGACAGCCUGAUUAACAGAGUAAAGAAGGUCUAUGAUGACGUUGGAUCCUUAAACAUAGAAAAUGUGUCAGUCGAAAACACCCUGAAAGCCUUGGCUAAUGCCAAGACGGAUUAUGCAUCAUCUCGCCAUGCUCUCGAUUUCCCCCAGUAUGUAUGUCCAUCUAAGGAGGUUCGGUCUGCAAGCACAGAGGCAGACAAGAAACUGUCUGAGUUUGAUGUGGAGAUAAGCAUGAGGGAGGAUGUGUUCAAGCGACUUAAUGCCUUGCAGGAAAAGCAUGAAGAAAACUUCUCCCCAGAAGAAAAGAGAUUCUUAGACAAGCUUGUUACAUUAGGCAAGAGGAACGGAUUACACCUGUCUAAAGAUAUUCAAGAGGAAAUAAAAACAAUGUCCAAGCUUAUCAGUGAACUAUCCAUAGAGUUCAACAAGAAUCUGAAUGAGGACAAUACUUUUCUUGUGUUUUCUGAGCGUGAACUGACCGGACUGGCAGAUAGCUAUCUCAAUGGACUGGAUGGGACGGUAGAUGGACGGUAUAAAGUUACACUUGAAUACCCCCAUUACUUCCCCCUGAUGAAGAGGUGUCAAAAUCCUGAGACCAGGAAGAAAAUGGAAACCGCUUUUCACAGCAGGUGUAAAGAGGUAAACACAGCAAUCCUUGAGCAGUUAAUACAACUGAGGGCAAAGGUCGCAGACUUGCUUGGUUACAGUAGCCAUGCAAACUAUGUGUUGGAGAUUAACAUGGCCAAGAAUGCAAGCAAUGUGUCUGACUUUCUAGAUAUAUUCUAUGAAACACUCAAGCCUAUUGGGAACAAGGAGAGGAAAUAUAUUCUUUCACUAAAGAAGAGGGAGUGCUUGAUGAAGGGCUACCAAUUUGACGGACAGAUCAACGCCUGGGACUUGCCCUACUACAUGAAUCAAGUAGAGCGGUGCAAGUUUGCUGUGAACAAGGACAAACUUAUUGAGUAUUUCCCUCUCGACGUGGUGACGGAAGGACUGUUUGGUAUCUACCAGGAGCUGCUGGGUCUCACGUUUACAGAGGUGAAACAGGCCCAUGUGUGGCAUGAAAAUGUGAAGCUUUACUCAGCCUGUGACGCUGAAACAGGGGAGGAGGUCGGCCACUUCUACAUGGAUUUACAUCCAAGGGAAGGAAAGUUUGGCCAUGCAGCCUGUUUUGGGCUCCAACCAGGCUGCAGAGGGCCUGAUGGAAAACGCAGGCUUCCAGUGGCCGCCAUGGUGGCCAACUUUACCAAGCCUAGAAUAGGUUACCCCUCUCUCCUCCAACACCAUGAAGUGGAGACUUACUUUCAUGAGUUUGGUCAUGUGAUGCAUGAGCUCUUAUCCAAGACCACUUUUUCAGAAUUCAGUGGAACCCAGGUGGAGACAGAUUUUGUGGAGGUGCCCUCUCAGAUGCUGGAGAAUUGGGUUUGGGAAAAGGAGCCUCUGAGAAGAAUGUCUCGCCACUACAGGGAUGGCACUCCAAUCCCGGAUAUAAUGCUCGACAAACUCAUUGCAUCCAGAGUAGCCAACACCGGUCUGAUGAACCUGCGUCAGGUCGUCCUUAGUAAAGUGGACCAGCUGCUACACACCAGCCCUCAUGCAGAUACAGCUGAGGUGUUUGCACAGCUUUGUCAGGACAUCCUGGGUGUUCCUGCUACACCAGGCACCAAUAUGACAGCCAGUUUCAGCCACUUGGCCGGAGGAUAUGAUGGUCAAUACUACAGCUAUCUAUGGAGUGAGGUUUACUCCAUGGAUAUUUAUUUCAACCGUUUUAAAAAGGAAGGCAUCAUGAAUCCAAAGGUCGGAAAAGAGUACAGGAGAGUGAUUCUGGAAACUGGCGGCUCUAAAGAUGGAUUGGACAUGCUGAAGACCUUUCUUGGACGUGCACCAUGCCAGGAUGCGUUCUUUCAAUGCAAGGGGCUGAUUAAGUCGCAGAAUUAACUGUCAUUUAAUGUAGCCAGUUUUUUUUUUUUUGGUCAAAGCAGGGUGUAUUUCUAAUUCUCUGUAUGCAGGUCAACAAGGAAAAUGAAUUUGAUUUAAGUGUAUUAUUACUGUGUUUAAGUUUUUCUACUUGAUUGUUUCUACCUGUUGACAUUUCUUCAAUUGUACAGCGGAGGACAACACACAACAGACAUAUUAACUUUGCAGAAAGAGCAGAGGUGUUACUAAUAACAAUAAAGAUGGCUCUGUUAUGUCCCAAUAAGCUGUGACAGUGACAGUGAGCAU